AUGGAAAGAGAAAAUUUAAUUAGAGCGCUCCAAGCUACCACUUCUUCAACGAAUCAGAAGGAAGCAGCUGCAUAUCUCGAACAGAACAUGAGAUUAGUAGGCUUUACUCCUCUUUUACUUCAUAUCAUUAUGGAUGAGGAAGUGGAUUGUUCUGCUCGACAAGCGGCUGUCAUUUACUUGAAGAAUGUUAUUAACAGACACUGGGUCAUGGAUGAAGAUGAUAAACAAUCAUUUACUCUUUCCGAACAAGAUAAACACCUUAUUCGUGAGCUUAUCAUAGAUGCCAUUGUAGCUUCACCUGAAGCAGUUAGAGUCCAAUUAUGCACUACAGUUGGAAUAAUCACGAGGCACGAUUUUCCAAAAAAUUGGCCUUACUUACCACAAAAAGUUGCAGUUUUAUUACAUUCAGUGGAUGGACCAUCUUGGCUAGGAGCUCUUUUGGUUAUACGACGUUUAGUUAAACUCUAUGAAUAUCGCCGGGUGAAAGAGAAAAAACCGUUAGUAGAAACAAUGGGCCUUCUGAUGCCAAUGCUUCUAGAACGUCUCAUUACUUUGAUGCCAGAUGCUUCUCAAGAAUCUUGUUUGCUUCAAAAGCUUAUUCUAAAGAUAUUUUAUGGGCUUGUUCAGUUUUCCUUGAAUCUGGAAAUGUUCACGGGUCAAUCCUUGGCGCAGUGGUUGGAGCAAUUUCGAUUGAUUAUCGGAAGAGCAGUACCAGAAGAAGUGAACACAGUUGAUGAAGAUGAUCGUGAAAGAACAGUGUGGUGGAAAUGUAAGAAGUGGGCCUCUGCAAUUGUUGAGCGUAUUUUUGAAAGAUAUGGGUCCCCAGGACAAGUGCAACUGAAUUACUCGGAAUUUGCGGAAAAUUAUAUGGCGCACUUUGCAAUUCCAAUCUUGAACACAUGUCUACAGGUUCUAGAUGGUUAUCGGAAUGGGAAUUAUGUAUCAUCUCGAGUGCUACAUUCUCUGUUGCAAUACAUCGAUAUAGCCAUUUCACAAUCACGGACUUGGAAAAUCAUUAAGCCUCACUGUCAGGGAAUUGUGCGAAGCGUGCUAUUUCCAUUAUUGAAAUAUUCUGAUGAAGAUGAAGAGUUGUGGAACGACUCACCAGAAGAAUUUGUUCGCAUCAAAUAUGAUGUAUACGAUGAAUUGCACAAUCCGGCAGUUGCAGCAGCAAACGUGCUAACUGGUUUUGCGAAAAGAAAAGAUAUGCUACAACCCAUAUUGGAAUUUUCGUUAAACUUGCUUAAUGGUUCGAAUGUAAAUCCACGUGAUCAAGAAGGCGCUCUACGCAUUCUGGGAGAACUUUUUGCUGCUUUAACGAAAAGCAAGAAAUACAGAUGUGCUGUUGAUGAAUUAGUAGAGAGAUUUAUAAUCUCAAAAAUUGCUCAUCCAAUACGAUUCAUACGCUGCAGAGCAUGCUGGACUAUAAGGCAGUUUGCUAGUGGUAAAUUAUCUGGUAGCCGAAUAACACAUAUUUAUGAAGAACUGGUAAAAAGGUUAGCUGACGUUGGUGAAGAAUUACCCGUGAAAGUGGAAGCUGCGAUGGCUAUACAGCACAUGUUGGAAGCGCAGACAAAAUAUCGUUCGGUACUGAAGCCUCAUGUUCAUUCAGUCAUUAUCGAAGUAUUGCGACUUGUUGCUCGAGCUGAAAUAGAAGAAAUGACGAACGUUAUGGAAGUACUGCUGGAAGAUUUCGUUGAAGAUAUUAUUCCUAUCGCCGUUAAUGCAAACAUUUUCUUGCAAAUUUCCUUAUCGGAGAAUCAAGAAGAUGACCGCACAGUGACUGUGAUGGGUAUCUUGACUACCUUGGGCUCAGUGCUAGAUAUGGUAGAAGACAAUCAAGAUGUACUUUAUCAUAUCGAAGAACAAGUGCGCAGAGUGAUUAAGUCUGUUCUGGACCGCGGACAGAUCGAUUACUACGAAGAAGUUUUGGCAUUAGCAAAUUCGGUGAUUACAUACUCUAUAAGUGAACCAAUGUGGGAAAUAUUCUUCGAUAUUCAUAAACUAGCAAUCAGUCAGGACGGGAUAGUUUUUGUUGAUGUGAUGCCCGUACUGCACUCAUAUUUGACGGUGGAUACCGAUGGCUUUUUAGCCCGUCCAGAGCGUCUUAGAGCUUUCGUAGAAAUUGCCGUAAAUAUGUUUAAUGAAGAUACGGAGGAAAAUGACCAGGUACAUGCAGCUAAACUACUCGAGUGCCUUAUUUUGGAAUGUCAGGGUAAAAUCAACAAUUUAGUACCAGAUCUCAUUCAGCUGAUCCUUACUCGGCUCCAUCAGCCAAUUGAAGACUGCAAAACUUUAAAACCUGCACUUCUUUUGGUAGUGAUAGCUGGUUUGUAUUAUGAUACAGAUAUGUUUGUGAACCUGUUACCUCAAUUGCAACCUCACGGAACUAAUACAUUAAAUUACUUGGUCAACGAGCUUUUAUCAUUAGCACAUUGUCUGGAAGGUGUUCAUGACCGUAAAAUGGCUAUAAUAGGUUUAUGCACCAUGGCAAGGCUAUCUGCUAUCCAUAGACCUACUCUGAUUGACGAGAAAGCGCAGCAGAUCAAUGAAUUACUUGUUACGCUUUUGAUUGGUCUUCAGAAAGCGAUGAAAAUCAAAGCGGAAAAUCGUUUAGCCAACGAAAAGGAAUCUGAUAUUAAAGAAACUGAGGAGGAAGUUGGACGGGAUGAAGACUUGGCAGAUAGCGAAGAUGAAAUAGAUGAAGAUAUUCUCGAAUAUCUAGAAACCUUGGCGGAACAUCAGAAUAAGAAAGAAAGGAUUGGAGGUGACGCACAAACAUUUGAGUCAGAUUCUACAUCAACGUCAGAUAGCUGGGACGAAGACUCCAUGGAAGCAUAUUUUACUCCCAUCGAUAACGAUGAAACUGCGGACGUUUUUAUUUUUUAUAAAGAAACACUUGAUGCACUGAGAACAAGUAAUGAGAAGCUACUACUCUCUAUGACAACGUGUACCAAUUCGGAAAAACAAGUAGUACUGGAUGGAGUACUGCGGGUGUGUGAACAGCGAAUGUCGUUGGCGAAAAGUAAGAAAGUAGAGCAGCAGGGAGGAUACGCCUUUAAAGUGGAUGCACCAGUACCGGAUACUUUCAAUUUUGCUGCAAAAAACAGUAAUCCUUAG